AUGGAGUCAGAGUUUGUAGCUCUGGAGCUAGCUGGUUCUGAGGCUGAGUGGCUCUUAGCGCAUAUCCCUUUAAUAAAGGAUGUGUUGCCUCAUGUGUUUAUACAUUGUGAUUGUCAAGCCGCAAUUGCUAUUGCGAAGAAUAAAUCUUAUAAUUGUAAGAGCAGACACAUGAAAUUAAGGCAUGAUGUCGUUAAGCAGCUGCUGAGAGAUGGAAUAAUUUCCAUUGAUUAUGUGAAGUCAGAAAUGAAUUUGGCCUAUUCACUGACUAAACCUGUGGGAAGAAAAUUAAUUCUGCAAAUUGAAUAUCGUGGCACACUAGAGAGUCUUCCCGAGGAAGGGGUGAAAGGUUUAACUUCACUUACGGAGUUAUUUGUUGAUCUAAAAUGUGUGCCCGAGGGAUUGCAACACCUAACAGCCCUCAUAAGUUUAACUGUUAGAUAA